ACAAAGUAUAGAGGCAAGUUUAAAAACGUAAAAUUUACUGGAUGGCGUCUUGUAUUUCGAUGAUUUAGAUAAAAGCAUGUACACAGAUCGAUGUUUGCUAAGAUAAGGGCGGUCUCUUUUUUUCUCAAUACACUGUGUGCUAUCUGUCAUGUCUUUUUGCUGAAUGUUGAUAUUUUUCUCGUUGGAUGUGAAUUUUGGUGUCUUGAAAUGAAAUGGAAAUAUAUAUAGCGACAUUUUCUCUGUGUCCUCAUACUUAUCCAUUCCGACCCAAUGUAAGUACUGACAUCCAUUUUGAAUAAUUUUACACUGUUUAAUUUUCAUUAAUUUUCUCUUGCUGUCUCAAGUCCCCAUUGGACCAUGGGAGCUCUACUAGGGUGGUUGCUCCUGUUGGCAGCGGUCGGAAGGGUGGCUGCCCUGUCCUGCCUCCCGUGUGACCCCUCCAGCUGCCCGCCUCCUCCAUCUUGUCCGGCUGACGUCGUCAAAGACGUCUGUGGAUGCUGCGAUGCUUGUGCAAAAGUUGCGGGAGAGACGUGUGGUGGACCUUGGUCGAUAUCAGGAACAUGUUCGUCUGGACUGACCUGUGAUAAGGAUCCCAAUGAUUUCAACGCAGAUGGCGUCUGCGUGGUUCAAAAAUGUCCUCCUGGAAGCCAUUGGAGUGAGUGCGGCAGUGCGUGCCCCCCGAAGUGCGGUGACGAGCCGCUGUUCUGCACGCUUCAGUGCGUGGCCCGGUGCGUGUGUGACGACAGGACGCACGUGUGGCACAACGGUGUGUGUAUCCCCCGGGACUCCUGUCCAGGACACUUCUGCGAGUACAACGGAGAGCGUUAUGAGGUGGGAGAGUCGUGGGGCGUGCGAGAGACGGUCGGUAAGAACUGCCUGUGUGACGGCCGGGGAGAGAGAUGUCUGUUCGUCGAUUGCUCACGUGGAGCUGAACACUACCUUACUGAGGAAGGCGUCUGGGACUGCAGACCAGUCCCGACUCUGUGUCCUCCGGGAGUGGACGUGGUCAACUGUUUUGCUGACCCUUGUCAGGUCACCAAAUGCCCCGCCUAUCCUGCUGCCACCUGCCGGUCCAACUACUGCGGCGGCUGUAACGCUGUCUUCUUUGACGCCAACGGCAACAAAGUCAACUGCAAUGCAUACGGUGGAUGCCCGCGUGGUUACACGAAGCCCUGGGCGGCCAGCAGGAGGCGCUCCCUCUGUUACCGCUUCGAAAGGAAGCCGGCGUCUUACAGCCAGGCCGAGUUCCGCUGCCGUGCUGACGGGGGGCGGCUCGUGACCAUCCGGAGCUUCCUCGUACAAUUCAGGGUCUCGGCGCGCCUACGUUUGCGAGUACGCCCCGUAAAAGAAGUGACUAAACGCCAGCACGAUGCAGCGUCUGAGCCGAGCUAGUCAUUUGCUAAAACCUUAGAGUCUCAUUACAUUUUAAGUACAAUCUAAAGAUACUGGUAAUUAAGGUAGCGUUUGUAGUGGAGACAAAAUUAAGCUAACAAAGCCACGGUGUCAAUAGGAAUGAGAGGUGCUCCUUAAGAGAUGUUGCAUGUAUAUCGAUAUCAUGUAUCAGAACAUUGACUAUAUUUAGGCAUUUCACAAUUCAUAAAUCUGCUUAUUCAAAAGCAUAAAUAAGAAGGCUUCAAGUCACAGUUCAAGGACUUUAUUGAGCUCUGAUCGACUGUAGUUGUAAAAAUAAAUGUGUCCCUUCAAAAGAUUUUAACAUGUAAAGGCAACUUGAAAUGUAUUUUUAGAUGACUUCCAAGGUAGAUUACCACAUGUAUGGGGUGAAAAUGUGGAAUGAAAUACAGGUGUGAAUAAAUCAUGUGCGCUACAUCUUU